AUGGAAAUUUCCCAGUUCUCGGAAUCUGUGCCUUACCUGGCGAACUUUUUCCGCACCAUCCCGAAACCGACGCAGCUGAAGUUAGCACAUUCGCUGCUUCUACUCAAGAACAGCCAGCGCCUUCGCACGCUGUUCUACCUUGGCCGCCUGGAGGCCCAUUCGAACGCCUACCAUCUCGCCUUCGGCUCACCGGAAGAGGAUCUAUUUCGGGAGCAAAAGUUUUUCUUCAGCCAGAAUGGCACCGUGUGGUAUCUGCUGCUGGAACCAGCCGUCUGGAGCGAAGACUGGGGACGCCUUCACCAGGAGUUCACGGGUAAUUUAGGUUACAUCGUGAAAUACCGACCCGAGCGAGACGGAUCGACCGGCAGCGUGAAGGUGCGCGAACAGGAUCGUCUCUGGUACGUGGUCCAUGCGAUCCUGCGGGAGGCAGCAUUCGUUCCUCGAGGUGCCAUGCGUUGGUCGACGGGUGGGGAGGCCGUUUUGAAUCCGUUUUUCCGCGGGCUGAGCGAGUCCGAACUGUGUGCGCUGAGCAAUUAUCAGCACUUCCGGCAGCCGGAGCGUGCGGCCGAGGAAAAUUUGCGUGGCCGAGCGGAGUGUGACCUGCCGCUGGACGUGUUCGAUCGGCCGGAGGUGGACGUGCUGCCGGAAGGGAAAAGUUUUGCCCUACGAGUGGACGAUACCGGUACGAUUGCAACGUGGAGCUCGCUGUACUGGAUCGGGCUGGUCAAUUAUCAUCGGGCGGACCGGAACGUGUACGGGUUUUUCUACGCCGGCGAUGGAAGGAAAAAUUGGGACCUUCCGUUCAUGGUUGAUUUGUAA